AUGCCUGAGAAAUUUUACUGGUGUCUGGUGUUACAUCUGGCCCUCGCUCAACUCCUCGUGCCCGCAGCUGGCGAAGCCGUCCAAGUGGACAGUAAAAAUGUGCGUGAUAUAAUUCAGUCUAAUGAGCUGGUCCUGCUGCUCUUCUAUUCGAACACAUGCCGUUUCAGCGUGCAGAUGUUGCCCAUCUUCGAUGCAGCCGCCGAUCAGUUAAGGUCUCUAAUUGUCGACUCUGACCAAGUGGGUCUGGGCAAGGUCGACUGUCUGAAGGAAAUGCAAAUGGAGAUUGACUUCGAUAUAGGCAAAUAUCCGACGGUGAAGAUCGUGCGACAUACGCAUGUCAGCAGCAAAGAGUAUCGAGGAAAACGCUCAACGGAGGCUCUCAUUCAAUUUGUCUUCAAGGAGCUGCGGAAUCCCAUCGAGCAGUUUGGCUCCAUGCACGAGCUAAACGGUCUUGUCGGCCAAAAGUAUAUGGUUAUUGGUUUCUUUGAGAGGAAACAACAUGCUGAAUAUGAGAUCUAUCGAAAGGCAGCAUCCAAUAUGAAGGAACACUGCCAGUUCCAUGUGAAUUUCGAUGAGACACAUAUCCACAAUAAGUUAACAUUCAGGCGCGAGCUGAAUCAUACGGAUUCCCACAGCGAGUACUCCGGCAACAUGUCCAACUUCACUGAGGUCCUAAGCUGGUUAAGGGAGAAGUGUGUGCCAACGGUGCGCGUACUGACAUUUGAAAAUGCCGAAGAGCUAUCGGAAGAGGGGAAACCCUUUGUUAUACUCUUCCAUCACCAAGAUGAUCGCAUAUCUCCAAAGGAAUUUGAAAUGGUUAUUCAUGCCGAUUUAAUGGAUGAGCUGGACAAUGUUAUCUUUCUGACUGCUGAUGCAAAACUCUUUGCCCAUCCUGUAUUCCAUUUGAACAAAACAGAUGCGGAUCUACCCUUUAUAGCUAUAGACAGCUUUGUGCACAUGUUUCUCUUUCCCAACUACAAGGAUCUGCACAAGCCAUCCAAACUGAAGCAGUUCGUACGCAGACUCCACACUGGCGAGCUGCACUGGGCCCACCAUUUCGAUGAGGCUAACGAGGAGAGCACUACGGCAAGUGCAGAGGAAACUGAGAUCGUGAUAACGAUGGCACCCGAGUCAAAAUUCAAGGCACUGCUGCCUUCAAAAAGUCGAUAUACAUUCGCCAAAGAUGAAUUGUGA